CAUGUCCUCGUAUAUUUCUAUGAGUGUUCCAUACUAAAAAGUUUGCUUCUUGUACGAGUUCUUCACAGAGACAUGAGAACGAAGUUGUGAUUACACAACGCUAGAGACUAGUGCAAGAGAAACUCAGGGGGGUUUGGAUGAAAAAAAAAAACAGUCCCCCCCAUCAUUGGGCAACAGACAUAUGUGUGGUUUGCAUGCUUCUAAACCACAAGGCUAUUUGCAUAUCUUUUGAUGCUCUGUUUCCUCCUACAGGCCAAGCUGAAAUGAGAAGCACCAAAUGCAAAAUGUGUCUGUCUCAUAAUCUCUCUCUGUGUCUCUGGCAGUACCGACAAUACAAGAUGAACACAGGAUGGCCAAAAACACACAGUACCAUACACACUCCCUCUGUCUCUGACAAUAAUAAUGAAAAUUUACAGCUCUGGUCUUAACAUCCAUGACUGAGAAACAAGAGAGGCAAAGACAAAGAGAAUGACAGGGCUAAGGGCGGAAUGCACAGCUGGAGUUAUGUACAAGCAUUUGUGCACUUAACAGUUUUCAGUCAAAGAUUAUCAUCGCUCUCUCUCUCUCUCUCUCUCUCUCUCUCUCUCACCCGUUCAUUAGAGAUGUUGUGCAGGUCCUAUGCUGCUAAGACAUCACAGCUGCAGAAUAAGGACACGCUAGACUACACAGUGUGCAUAAAUACCGCUGCAGCACUGUUAUUGUACAAAUCUCCAUUAAGAACUGUAUUGUGAAACUAAACUUUCAGAUGAACAACGCAUUAUGGAUUUCAUACCACAAAAAUACACAAAUAAGUGUAUUGUCUACAUGUUCAGGAAACUUCUAUGGUCCAUAGCAUCCUUUGGAGCAUAGAUUUGCAAAAUACACGUGCUUUAAGACUUUAACUAUCGUGAUCCUGUUCAGGAUGCAUGACACAAUAGAAAACCUCAGGUAACUGCAGACGGAAAUGCUUUUCUGCUGUGUCAUGCAUUUGUUUUUAAAAGUAAAAAUAACCCUUCUGAAAAACAAACUUAUUUCCCUUUUACUUAAUUGUUGCACCGUAGCAACAAGUACGUUAUUGCAUCAUGUUUUCUCCUACAAUGCUUGAUAAGUGAUCAGUCAUUUCUUGUGUCUCAUACUUCUCCUCUUCAGCUAACUCCACAAGUUAAGAUCAGGGGACCCUGACAGACGUGUUAAAAGCUUCAUCCUGUGGUCGCUGCAACAUUUCUUCUGGCACUUCAUGGAGGUUUUUAGUGCCAUGUAUUCUAACAAGGGUCAUGAGGAGCCACGCCUAGAGGACUCGAGGUGCCAAGCCAUCGCAGGGCAUAAUCGUGUGCACACACUCAUACACACCACAGACAAUUAAGAAAUGCCAAACAACCUACAAUGCAUGUCUGUUGAUCACAAGGAAACCACCAAAAGAAGAAAACGCAUCCUCCAACCUCUGAGCUCAUUGGCUCUUGUGUUAAGCCCAAAUAUAUUUUUAGGCUGUUAUUCUUUCUGAGGGGUGGAUACAAGUGAGGGGAUAUAUACAGAACCCACCUACAACAAAGAACAAAAACUGUGAAUGUUAUACAUCUCUCCAAUCUUUAUGUCCUCGUCCUAAUUGACAAUUGAGGAUUAACAUACCAGGACACUUUCCUGGAGAGAACAGCUAAUUCAAACAAGAUGACAGAUGUCAUGGUUCAGAAGUUCUCCUUCCCUCAUUCUCCCUCACCUUGUCAUGCCAAAACUGAUGAACAGUCAGUCCCAGGGCAUGGAACUCAUCAAGGCAUCGAGCGACUGGAGCGAGGAACAUUAAAAGCAGCAAAGGACCCGAAUAAUAACCCAAACCAACACAACUCAAAGCUGGAGUAUGAGGACACAGCGUCUGCAUCCAAGGUCAGAGAAGCACAUGCUCCCAGCACAGAUCCUGACCUCCAGAACACAGAUAUGGGCUCUUCUGCAAAUGGCAGGCCUCAUUCGGAGCCUGCAGCGAGCACAAAUGGCACCAUUAAAACCUAUCUGGCUUCUGAAAAACAGAACAGGGAUUCAUCACCAGUAGAGUAUAGCCAUUCAAAAGGCAAGGUUAUGUACAAGACUGUGUUUGAGAAAUGGGCAAGCCUGCAAUAUGAAGAACAACGUCCUAGUACAAAGCGGCAGCUCUCUGCAGAGAGUGCAGCAAAGUGUGUGACUGUAAGGAAAAGAAGCACAGUGGCAAGUAAUGAAGGAGAACCAGCAAAGCCUCUCUCACACACCAAUCCUGGCACACAGCCCAGGAAAGCUGGUCUACCCAUACGCUCCCCCUGUCAGAGGCAGCCAAGAAGACAGCUGUUCGGCAGCAUUGGGGUCUUCCACAAAGUGGACACACAUGUAAUUAGCAAAGGGAAGGAGCUGAAAGAGCAGGGAGUGUUUUCACCUCAGAGUAUUGCCCGUGUUAUUACGCAGGGGACCAGAAAUGAGUUAGAAAAAGUCAGGGCCAUAUGGUUCUGGCUCUGCCAUUAUAUUGAAUAUGAUUUGGAUGGAUACCUGGGUCUUUCCCCAAAGCUCUGCACCCCAGAGGAAGUCAUUAAGGAGGGUCGAGGAGUAUGCAGUGGAUUUUCCAGCAUCUGUCUGGAGAUGUGCAGGGAAGUUGGCAUUCAGUGUGAGGAAGUGAGUGGAUACAGUAAAGGCAUUGGGCAGUGGCCUGGACACAAGCUGGCAGAUAAGCCUUCUGAUCACAUGUGGAAUGCUGUGUGGGUGAAGGGACAGUGGGGGCUUCUGGAUGCCUGCUGGGGGGCUGGCACUGUCAACAUGGACACCAAAACGUUUGUUAAGAGAUUUGAUGAUUUUUACUUCCUGACUGAGCCGAGAGAAUUUAUAAACUCUCAUUUUCCUGAUGAAGAGAACUGGCAACUGUUGGACACUCCAAUCUCUCUAGAACAGUUUGAACUGAUACCAUUAAUGACCUCAGCAUUCUACACGCUGGGACUGACCCUUCUACAACCCACACAGUACAAAAUAACCACAGAUGAUGGAGAGACAACUGUGUCGGUGAGCUCAUCCGGACGGUUGACCUUUGCCUACGAGCUCAGGCAGCGGGAUUCAAAGACAGGAGCCGCAGGGCAGAACGAGGUCGACAGCUCAUGUGGUCUGCUGUCAGUGACGCAGCAGGGCAUGAGUCUUCGUCUGCUCCCUCCAGAGCCAGGAGUCUAUGAGCUGAAGCUUUUUGCGCGACCAGAGGGUGACUCUGGCACUCUGCUCUGGGUUUGUACUCUGGAGCUGGAGUGUCCAGCUGUCCAGCAAAGACAGUCGCUGCCUGCAAACCCCUAUCUGAGUUGGGGCUUAGGGUCCAAUGCAGGGGUGCAUGGGGUGAAGAGUUGCAGUGUGCCAAGCCAAGACACUCUGGAUGUUUGUGAGAGAGGAGAGUGUGAAUUGGUGUUACACACCUUGCGCCCCCUGAUGAUGGUUUGUGAGCUCAUACACCCUGAACUCAACUUUGCUCUGGCUAAGCGCUGCCUGGCACUUCAAAUAGCAGCAGAAAAACUUGUGUGCAAUGUGCUAUGCCCAUACAAAGGCUACUACCGUCUUUCUGUGUUUGUGCGUGAUUACGAUGAUGGAAGUGGCUCCUUUCAGAAUGUAGGGAAUUUCCUGCUGCGAUGCAGAGGCUCAGGAGUAAAUCAAAAUGUGCUAUACCCCCCUGAUCUUAGUCCAUGGUGUGGACCAGGAAUGCGCACUCAAGCAGCUGGUCUGUCAAACUUUAGCCACACAGGGGCAUUGGUGAAUUUGCCCCAGGGUCGCUGUAAUAUUACUUUUCACUGCACCUCAUCACAGCUGCAAGUACAUGCAGUCCUCAGCUCAGAGUCAUAUCAGAAGAACAAAGAAAAAAUUAAUCAUACCAGCUUUUCACUGUCACGACACAUUUUGCUCACGAUCACAGACAGCAAGGUGACAGUAAGUGUGUGCGCACCUCAGCCUGGAGUCUAUCGCCUUGGCUUGUAUGGACGCACACCCCCUCAGCAAGAUUACGCACCACUGUGUGACUACGUGCUACGAAGUGUGUGUGACAGAUGUGGUGAACCAUUCCCGUGUGUAUAUUCAGCAUGGGGGAAAGGGUGCGUGCUGCUGGAGCCACGCGAAGGCGUGCUGGCCCCACAGAGCUGGGUAUGUUUCCGUGUGCGAGUCCCGGCAGCGCAGAGAGUGAGUGUGUUAGCGGAGCAGCGAGUAGAUUUGAAAAUGAAUAAGAGCAGGGUGUGGGAGGGCAAGGCCUUUACAGGGAGCAUUGCUCAAAUUAAACUGACAGCAGCCACCUCAGACAUAGCUGACAUGGCCGUGCUCAUGACCUUUGAUGUCCUCAACCUGGAGAGCAAGCUGUGAUGGAAAAGAGCGAAAGGGAGACAGAGUAUGCACAUGAAUGUGUGUGUGCGUGUGUGUAGAGCAGCUGGACAGAAUCUAUAAAGUGAGCUUGUUUGUGACAAAAAGUUGCUUGUAAUUCUUUGUUUUUUC